AUGCACGAAAUCGUGACUCUCCAGCUGGGACAGCGGGCGAACUAUCUCGCAACACACUUUUGGAAUCUCCAAGAAUCAUAUUUUACAUACAACGACCAGGAUGAAUCUCCAGUGGACCAUGAUGUGCAUUUCCGCCCAGGCGUUGGGGCCGAUGGCUCGGAGACAUUCACGCCUCGCACAUUAAUAUACGAUCUUAAAGGUGCUUUUGGCACGUUGCGUAAAUACAACGCCCUCUAUGAAUUGACCGAGGACGCAAAUCCGGGACAAGGUUUAUGGGACGGCAAAGAAGUGAUCCAACAACAACCCCCAAUCCUCCAAAGUGAUUAUCAGAAGAGUCUUGACAGCGGACUUCCGGCUCCGACACUGUCGACAGAGACCGUCCGGUACUGGUCAGACUAUAACCGGCUGUUUUACCACCCCCGGUCAAUCGUGCAGCUGAACGAUUACGAGCUGAACUCUAGGACCAUGCCGUUCGAGGACUGGAGCGUCGGCGAGGAUCUGUUCAGUGACCUCGACAAGGAGCAUGACCUGCUCGACCGUGAUGUGCGGCCAUUUGCAGAGGAAUGCGACCAAUUGAGAGCUCUGCAGCUGUUUACAGGUGCUGAUGAUGCCUGGGGCGGGUUUGCCGCUCGCUACGUCGACAGACUGCGCGACGAGUAUGGCAAAAAGGCUAUCUGGGUGUGGGCGAUUGAAGACGGCGCCAAAGCUCAACGGGUAUGUGAUCAAAGCCGUUCUGCUAAUGCUAUGUUCCGAGCCGUUGACCAAUUCCCCACAGCAAGCACAGCUAAAAAGGGACAUUAA